CCGCUUUGUCCCUUUCAUGUCGCUCCAUGGGUAAUCCCGCCACCAGCCCGCAUCACGUGCAUGCGUCGAGGGCUUCCAGACCUGUUUUUCACCUGCCUGGGCCCUGCCUGGGCCUGGCCGCGCCGCCGCGCCGCCUGCAGCGGCCCCGCGCCGCGUCGCACCCCGCACACCGCACGCCCUGAGUUGCCCUCGCCGCCUCGCCUGCCAGCCCUCUCUGGCCCCCCCCCUCGGCCAGCCAGCCGGCGCUCUCUCCCACACUACGCCGACGAGCUCCCCAUUUAUAACACACACCGUUUCCACCUACACUGUUCUUCUGGCUUGCAACGUCUGUCUUUACCGCCCCCGUGGCUAUUUUUUUCCUCCUUCCCUUCUGCAACAGCAUAUCCCACAAUGAGAGCUAAGUGGAGAAAGAAGAGAGUCAGAAGACUUAAGAGAAAGAGACGGAAGGUUAGAGCUAGAUCCAAAUAAGCUCUUUGAACAUACUAUUGCCGAUGUCUGUAUCUGUGUAUUUCUUGUCUAACUCCACUGAACACGCCGCCACCAUCUAAACCUCCUUUCCCGACACCCUGGCCGUCCAGGCCGGGCCUCUGUAACAGGCCCAUCGCCGACCCGUCUGUCACGGCCGAAUUUACGCCGAUCGACUCGAAUUAGGGCUUUUUGCGUCGAUCGGCGGAAAUUUUUUGCGGCUGCUGCUCCCUGGUGUCGCAGGCAUUUUCUUCUCCCUC